AUGGAGUCUACUCAUAACCGCUGGAUGCGACGGAGGAAUAUACCAUAACAAAACGGGACGUUUUUUGACCGUGUGAAAAAGGGGUGAGUCUGUUUUGCGAUAUAUUCUCGAAUUGUUUUUUGACGUACGAGCGUUCUACCCGGCUUGGAUACUCUUCGCUAUAAGUGGGAAAGAAUUUCUCCUGUUUCCUUAAAGCAUUUAUACGAUUUUUCGCUGCUUUUGCAAGACUGGCUCCUUCUAUGUUGACGACACGAGGCAGGCAACCUGCAACUCCACUCAACCCACUCUCCGAUGAUGAUUAUUGGCCGCCUACGGCGGGUUGCAGAAACUAGGAAUGCUCGCCAUUCAGAUUAGGAUAGAGCUACAGUCAGUGCCACAGCAGCUGGACGCACAACCGGUCUCUUCGUUGCCAGAACCCAAAACUAGAAAACCAGGACUCUCUGAGUUCUGCUUUCUGCCUCUGGGUUUGCAGAGGACCCAGCGGUAUGCGGGAAGCACGCGUGGCGGCGUUUUAACCUCGACAUCGUGUUCCACCUUAAGUCAUCAAUAAUUUUGUGGUUCAUAAUUCUGAACUUGCUUAACCUCAAGAAAAGUCCAAAACUGAAUAAAGGCCUAAGUAUUUGAUGAUCUAGCCGCCUUAAAAUUACUGUUUCGGUUUCCUACUGCCAUAUUUAUAUUUUGGAAUAUCUUCUUUGUAUGCUGUGUUAAACUACUCGUAGAAAGUGAAGGAUUAUUACGACAAGUUGGCUCUAUGUUUUGACGUUGUGCCCUGUGUCAUAUUUGUCACAUCCUGCCAAAACUUCGAGCUUACAAGAACAAAGGAGACAUUUUUUCUGGAUUAUAUUUAAUACUGAUUACAUUCUUUAUAGUGUAUUCUACAGUUUUCACAUACUUAAGAGCAUUUCGUAGAUAUAUUUCAAACGCAACUAUAACUUACGCAGAACUUCCACUGAUUUUAAUAUAAAGCAAGUGUGUUACAUCAUUUGUAUUGUGAAUUAAAUUAGGUUCAUUGGAAUAUUAUCAGUAUCAAAAUUAUGAAUGAAUUUUAUCUGUAUUGUGCUUGUGUAAUCUUAAUAUUCUGAUAAAAGACGUCAACUGUAUCAGUUUAAUAACAGAAUGGCUUUCCGAGGAGGAAAGCGAAAGGAUGUUAAAAAACAAUCUUAUUAUGUAUGGUUUCUUGGUGCUAAAGAAAGCAAAGGUUUAAGAGGGGAAGAAUAUAUUAGGCCGGUCUUAAGACACUUGGUGGAUAAAGAACGUGAACUGGAGCCUAUGAAAGUGACUCUUCAGGUGAGUACAAAAGGUAUAAAGAUUAUACAGAAUGUACCCCGAAAGAACAAUAAAGGAAAAACGGAACAAAUUAAACACUUUAUACCACACCAUGCAAUUACGUGCGUAAUGCAAGAAUCCAAGCCUAAUGACGAUGUGGUAUGCUGUAUUUUGCUCAUCUACAACCCUCUCACAAAAUGUCCAGUUCAUGUGCAUGCUUAUCGAUGUGAUUCCGUUGAGACCGCUAGCACUCUUCGCUCACAGCUACAAAUCUUGAUUGAUCGGCCAGAGAAAAAAUUUCGAGAAAUAGAAAACAGGUUAGCUGCCAAAGGCCUUUUGCCAUCUCGAGGCCAGAACUCUGAUGGCAGGUCUACAAGGACUGAUGGCUCAGACAGAACAGAAGACUCAUCUGGGGGAUCUUCAGAACGUGAAGUAGGAGUCCGAAAGGAGCACAUUGCAAGCCUUUACGAUUCUCUGGCGGCUGAGCUGCGUGAACGCCUAAAUAAUCCAAAUAGCUGCCCCAUUCUUUUACCUCCCAAGGACUAUGACACGGUGAGCAGAAGGCAGGGUAAGCUUGAUAAUAUCGAUACCAGGCGAAGUACUAACUAUAACCUCGUUGGGUUGACGAAGACAGCUGCUCCUGUACCACUUAUCCACCAGAGCACUGGUGGAGGAAAAUCACCACCUAAAGCACAGGAUUCGACAAGCGCGAAGUCAUCCGGCGGAAAAUCAAGUAACAAAUCAAGUAGUGGUAUCGGAUCAGACGAAGCGUUAAGUUCCGCAAUUCAGGAGGUAUCCUCUCAUCCGGAUUUCGAAAGCAAAGAAAUCGAUCCUGACACUAGCUCGGAUGAUGAGGAAGACUGGCCUGAUGCAACCGGAAUUCCCGAUGACGAAGAUGAUGAUGAGGAAGAUGAAGUAGUGCCCUCAUAUGAAUGGCGUCGUCCUCCUCGAUAUGCUCCCGCCACGGGAGCAGCACCGAGAGAUCGACGGAGUCGUUCUUCACCAGACGAAGAGGAUGAUCCUCGAUUUGGACGUCUCCACAGAGGAGUUCGAGGAAUUGUCGAUAAGUUUGAACGUCGUGCUAUUUCUCCGCCCCUUCCACAAGAGCCGUCCCAUCAGAACAGGACGCCUAUCAAAACUGCUGCCAAUGCCAGAAGAUCAGAUCCUUACGCAGAUCAUCCUUAUCGAGUAGAUGGGGAUUCGCCAGAACGAUCGCCACCACCUGAGCAUCUAAAGCAUUUCGAAGUUGUAUACCGUCGGCAUAGUAAUCCCAUCGAAAAGAAAGUACAGAGAGACUCCCGCCCCGUGUCAUAUCCCGCUGUGAUGCUCGAUCCUGUUUCACCACGUCCAGCUAAGUCCAGGUCUGGACCGGAUCCUCCUGUGGACAAUAGGCCGAAAUAUAAGGAGAUGCCACGCCAAAUUUUCGGUGACAGACCACCACAAGACAUAAUUAGUGACCACCACAAUCCUGUUCAAAGGUUCCCAGGCAAUUUUGAUCGGUAUAUGGACAGACAUUCGCCAUCACACAUCCCUGCUCGAGAAAGGGAUUUCGCUGAAUUUUAUAGAGAAUCACGGCCUGUAUCUUCAUCUCCAGUUGGAGUUAGGCAAUUCCGUUCUCCUGAAAGACAAUCUUCUCCUCAUGAAUUGUAUCCGAGACAACGUCAAAUUAGUGCAGUAGACGUUCGACAAGAAAGAGCUUUUCCAUCACGGUAUGUAGAGCCUUAUCCUGGUUCAAGGCCAUCUUACCAUCCACCUCCAAAUGAGGAGAGGAGAAGAUCGGGUUAUUUUGACUUACCUGUUGAUCCCAGAGACUAUAGGCAUAGUUUUGUGGAAUCCCCCUUCCGCAGGCUACCACUGAACACUCAGUAUUAGUUAUUUUGGCCUUGCUGUUUUACAUGGCUCUUCAUCUUCUCCGUCUAUGGUCAGUGAUGUGCCACAUAAACUCUGAAUGAACUCUGCAUUAUUUAAUUGUGUAUUCAUAAAUAUGCUUUCAGGUACAGACGAUUGCGGAAUGCUUUCGAGUCAAACCUCUUUGUAUGUUGUUGCUUGAAACAAGCCACGCUUGAAAUAAUAAUGAGAAAGGGUAGUAUGUCGCUGUUGAACCAUUUCUUCAAAGAAGACUUACUGAAAUUGUGAAAACUGUCGCAAGUACUAUGUCACAUUGAAAUUUCUGUGCUAUCAUGUCAAUUAUUGAAAACCAUUGUAACAUAGGGAAAUUGUUACGUUACUUCUAAUGAAGCAAUUUCAUCAAAUUUAUAGACAAGCAUAAAAGAUGCGCGGAAGAUUUACUCGUGAAAUCAUUUCAUUAAGAUAAAAAGCAUUAACUGCCAUUUUUAGUGACAAAAUUUUUUAAUAUUUAUCUAAAACAGAUAUCAUUGAACGUUCUUUCAUGAAAUUUUAUUUUGGAUUAAAUUAUAUACGAAAAUUAUCUUAUAAACAUUUCAGUCCUUUAGAUCCAAGAAGAUCCGAACAAAAUCCCAAAUCUUUUUAUAUUUGACAUAAUGAGUUACUAAAACGCAUUAAAUUUGUGACAAUCACACAUUGACCAUUAAAAAAAUAAACCGUUUGUAUUGCUAAUAUAGUUAACUUGUGGCUCGACAAAGCUGCUACUGAUUCCGACGCACUAAACUAUCAAGUCUUCCCCCUUAAAAAAAUGACUUUUAAAAGCUAAAGCAAUGUGUGCUAUAUUUACGUUACAUAUUUCAUUUCUAGAUUUAACUGCAAAAUAAAUAGUUGAAACUUUUUAUGCAAAAGCAGAUCUAUAUAUAACAUACUAUAUUGAAAACACAAAGUGUACAGUUUGUUGAAAGACUAAUUUAUUUGUUAAAAAGUAAAUUGUGGAUAUUUAGAUGACUGGUUGUAAAUGAAUUACGACUGUUUUCUUCUUUAUGGGAUUAAUAAAGAUUCAUAUUUUGUA